GUUUCUGUUCGUGUCAUGCUUUGCAGGUGCGCGCGAGACUUUCUUUUCGUCCGACGGUGCAAAUCGCACAUCGGCGUAUCAAGCGCAAGGAGAUAUCUAACUACAAAAGGAAAAGUAGAAAUAACAUCGUUGGGAGCACGGCAUAAAGAACGCUGAAAGACGUAUGAAGCUUCGUAGAUGAGUUCGGGUAUCAGUAUCAACGUGCAAGCUUGCUUAAGAUGUGUCUUUAUCACCUUCAACUUCCAAUUUUCAUUUCAGCGCAGCUUGUUCUCCAUUUUUGUUUCCUUCUGGGAUAUUUUAUGUAAAUGGACGUAAAUCUAAACUGAGGUAGCAGGAGACCGGCCGCGGGGAAGCCUGGCAAGUAAACCACACGUCAGAAUCACAAAAUGGCGUCUGUGUCGCACAAAGCAAUCCGCGCGGCUGCGCCCGCGUGGGACGAAUUGACUGCAGACCGAGGCAUUCACAGCCAACGCGCGGUCCCCGACCCGGAGAACUAUGUACUCGUCCCAAAAUUUGCGCUUGGCGACGGCACACAGCGACAGGUGGCAGGACACGGACAUGCUUGGAGUUCGUCACCCCUCCCUCCGAAUCAUCUCGAUUUCACCCCUGGAGGCGUUUUUCGGGCAAAACAUGGCGCAGCCGUCAAUUUCACGGACGGCUGGGGUAGUACAAGUCACGGCCUGUUCUUCGGGAAACGCACUGCAGGCCUUUCGGCGACGGCGCGGAAAGCGGCAACACACGCGGUCGCCCUGCACUGCGUCGGGGUGUACGACCCUACUUUUCGGAGGCUAGCGCCGGGGUCGCGGGACGAUAUUGUUCCAUCCUGGAGGCUGCGGGUCGACCAAACCGGACCGCUCGACCCCUUGCCUGGUGGCGCAGCAAAAGGGAACGCAGCGACGGAGACGAGUCGCGAACCAGACGCGAAUGGGACCGAGCAAGAACCGGAUUACCCGCCAAAAACCGUGUCGAGCCAAGAAACAAUCUGGGCCAUCGUCGCAAGUUUGCAUCUCAUGUGGCAACCUGCGUUUUCCCGAGCUCUGCUUUCGGGAUCGCAGGAGCAAGCGUCAUUGUCUGGUGCGAGCGACGUCGAUAGCUUGGCCACAGUGAUAUCCGAGGACUACUAUACUUUCGGUAGCGAGCAGGGUGAUGUCGAUAGCGCGUCGAAUGGGUCUAGCGACGAGGACGGGAGCGACGCUGGCGGAGGUUUGUCGCCAUCAGAGGUUUGGGCUUUCGACGCCGCAGCAAAGCGAUGGGUUUCCGGUGGAUCGAACUACAGAAAAACCGGAAGACCCUGAUUGUAAGUUAAGAUAGCGUGCUGCCAGCGCCGACUGCUCCACGUAUGUUGAAGGGACUUGGGUUCUUCGAUACACCGAGGAAGUCGAUGAAGAUGUGAGGGAAAGCGCUCCUUGCAAGAACGCUGAGGCUUCUCUUACUUUGCAGGCUCAAGAAAUGCAAGUCUGUACCUCUGCUUGAGUUGCGCUUUGGUUGCGUUUUUUUGCUGUUGUAUCUGUAUGAUUAUGUUUGGUUCUUGCCAACAAAACGCAUCUGUAUUUCACCUUCGGAUUGAAU